AAUUUGGACGCCAUGUUUACUUGAUCGGGUCAACAAAUCUGAGUCUGCGUUAUAUACACGUCAGCGGCAUCCCGAUCAAUGUAUAUAAUGCAAUGUGGAGUUUUUAUUUAUUGUAUAUAGUAGGCCUUUUUCUCUUCGUUACAUUGCUAUUGGAGCUGUAAACCUUAACAAUUUACAUAGCUCUUUGAAUAUUUUUAUGAUAACGAAACGGAGAUAUUUUUCACUUGGUGCAGCUCACUGGUCGAGCUCAAAGUAGUAGAGGCGUAAUUAUAAUGACGUCAUAAUAAAGUCUUGGAAAGAUAUAAGAAAAUGACGGCAGCAAAAAGUAGACUGCAGAUUUCUAAACGAAAUUUUGAAAGGCAAUGGGAAGCAUGUGUAGCUGCAAUGGAUCAAGGUUAAGUAAUAGUGUCUUUCCAACAAAUAUGACAUCACCCUAUAAGUUGAGAAAUUCAGAUCUGGCGUUAUAUCGACGAUAUCGGAAGAAGGACGAUGUUGACAAUGGAAAAGUUUCAAGGAAAGCAAAAACGUCAUCGAAGGGUGAGCCAGAAAACGCCAUGAAGAAAGAUGUUGAAAAUGACAUGCUGCGAUGGAAGUCCUCGAUUGCUUUAUACAAUCACGUUUUACCAAGAACUAUGACAUUUGACAGAAAAAGACAUUUAUCAAUGCGUGGAAAAUAUACUAAAAUUGCACAAGUGAUGAAUUUAAAAGGCAUUAUUUACGAGAAGAAAGAUGACAAGCACAAGGCGGAAGUUCCCCCUUUCCAGAGUAUUAUUAAACGGCUCAAAGCAGUACCAAAGAAAAAAAUCAAGAAAAGUAGGAGUAGCGAGAUGCGUAGCAAGGGUCUCGGACCUGUUUCCACCCGCAUCUCUGACGAUGCUGUUAAGAAAAAUUGGGUUGAGAAAAAUAGGAAAAUAAAACUAAAAGAGACAAAAAUACAUCCUCCGUCUCAUGUAAACGUUCCAAAGACCAAAUGCAGCCAUGGAAUAGUCUCGAAGCCAACUGGAAUUGAAGAAUCAAAGGAAUCUAUGAAAUUGUCAAGGUCCGGAAAAUCGUCAAUUGUCUCGACUGUAUGGAUUGACGAAGAUUUUGAAAAUGAUGUGCUGUGCUAUACGAAAGAAAAAGUCGAACCAGGACAAAUUGAACCUCGAAAUUACUAUUUGCCUUCUGUACGUCCUCUCAUAAAAGAGAAGAAACAGAGAACGGUAUCCACGAAGAUUGAUCCUGCGAUCUCUGAUCCAGCUGUGUAUAACUUGGGUGUGUUUUUAUCAGCUGCUAAAGAAGACACGAGUGAACUCGAACAUACUUCCUGGUUUUGGCAACGUCAAAAUCACGAGAUAGAGUGUAACAUAGAUAUUCCUCUCUAUGAAGAGGACGCGUUUUAAGGCAUUCGUGCAACUUGUAAAAAUUAGCUAGUAAAAAGUACAAACUGUCGUUUAGUAAAUACAUAUGUAAGCUGUCAUUUACUCGAGACAGACAUUAUGACGUGGAAUCGUAAUUUCAUGGGCAUAUUUGGUUAUCGUUUGCAACUGGAAUUCAUAUCAACAUUUUUCAGUGGCAAAAUGUAUGUUAAACCAAAUGGUAAACUUUUUGUGCUGUUGAAUCUUUGAAUCAAAAAUUGUUUGCAGAGAGAUGAGAUUCCUCAUUUCUCUAAGAUAGCAUUGCGCAACUCGAACGGCUGCAACACCGGCAUGGCAUCUGUUCAUUAAAAAAACAACUUCAUUCAAUGAGAAAAAGACGUAAUGUAAAUGAAGCGUAGAGGUAUUUAAGCAACGAAAAUCUCAAGAAAAUGUAUCGUUUUCGACAAUUUCGUUUACUUGUAUGGAAGAAUUUUCUUCUCCAGAUACGACGUCCCAUUGGAACGAUAUUUGAAAUUUUACUGCCUGUUUUCUUCGUUGCCAUCUUGAUUUUAGCAAGGGUUGCAUUGAAAACAAAAGAUAAAUGCUUUGUAAAUUUUGAACCAUCCUUGGCAAACAAUAAUAAGCCUGGGACAUUUCAACAAAGUGUCAAGUCCCGUGCUAAUGAACAAAAUAAAAAUAUUCGGCAGAGAGAACUAAAGUCUUUGAAUGUGAGCAAUGCUCUCAUUGCCCAUUAUCCGUCUACCCCAGCAACUAAUGCACUCAUGGAGAAAGUUGGGAAACUGAUGAAUAUCAGUGUAGCAACAAGAAAAUGGACAACAAAAAAAGAAAUGGAAAAUCAUGUUUCGGAGAUGGAGAGCAAAUAUUAUGGAGCUGUUGAAUUUCUGGGUAAUGAAAAAGCUUACAAUCACUCAACACUUCCUAAAGACUUGAAGUAUGCCAUCAGACUGCCUGCUCAACGAUGGCUCAAUGAUCGGACAUAUCCAUUUUUUCGUGAACGAGAGCCCCGCAGCAGUGAAGAAAGCCUUUACGCGAGUCGUUUUAUCUUUCUUCAAUAUGCUUUGGAUGCUUCUAUUGUGCAGACUGUCAAAGGUUCUUCGUUGCCUUAUAAGUUCAUACUGGAGCAAUUUCCAUAUCCUAAGUAUCGUGACGAUUCUUUCAACUCGGUUGUGGCUGGAUUUCUUCCGCUCUUAUUCACCUUUGCUUUCAUAUACACGGCGAUGAUGAUAGUGAAGGAGCUUGUACAUGAGAAACAAUGUCGAUUGAAAGAAUCCAUGAAGAUAAUGGGAUUGUCAAACUGGAUACAUUGGCUUGCUUGGUUUACUAAAUCAUUCUUGUUUUUACUCAUUUCUGUUUGCCUCAUAACGGCUUUAAUAAAGGCUGCAAAAAUCAUGGAAAAUUCUGAUGGUUCUGUUGUGUUUGUGUUUUUCUUGUUGUACGCUAUGACGAGUAUCAUCUUUUGUUUCUGUAUGAGCGUCUUUUUCCACAAUGCCGUUUUGUCAAUGUUGUUGUCCGGUGCAAUCUGGUUUAUCACCUAUGUGCCUUUCGCCGUCGUUUCCAAUGAAAACACGUAUGACGGUCUCAGUUCGUCAUCUAAGUAUGGAAUCUGUUUAUUGGUAAACAGUUGUGUGGGGAUUGGUUCCAAGGUGUUCUCUAAGUACGAGGAACGUGGUGUAGGAGUACAAUGGAGUAAUAUUGCUCUCUCUCCUUCUGCUGAUGAUAACUUUACCAUGGCCCAAGUGUUUCUUAUGUUCAUUGUACAAAUGAUCUUUUAUGGUAUUAUUGCUUGGUACGUUGAAGCAGUUAUCCCUGGCGAAUAUGGAAUUCCUGAAAAACCGUGGUUUUUCCUUACUAAAUCCUAUUGGUUUGGAAUAUCGACUAGUAAAGUGGACGAUAGUCAAGAACUUGCUCCUUCAAUGAAUCUUCAUGUUAAGAGCGCUGAUUAUGAAGAAGAGCCAACUGAUUUGGAAAUCGGUGUAUCCAUUUGUAAUUUGAAAAAAGUUUUCCGGAGCUCGUUGGGUGAGAAAGUAGCUGUUGAUGAUCUGUCUUUUAAUAUGUUUAAAGGACAAAUUACUUCAUUGUUGGGUCAUAAUGGCGCUGGUAAAACGACAACAAUGUCCAUUCUUACUGGUCUCUUUACUCCAUCUUCUGGAACUGCGUAUGUCAAUGGUUAUAGCAUUCUCACUGACAUGGAUCGCAUUCGCGAGAGUCUUGGCCUAUGUCCUCAACAUAAUGUUCUUUUUGAUAAGCUCACUGUCAGGGAGCAUUUGAAGUUUUUUAUUAAUCUUAAGGGUAAAUUUGGAGUUGAAGCAAAUGAAGAAAUUGAAAGGAUGAUCAAUGAUAUUCAGCUUGCGGAUAAAGCCCAUUGGCAAAGUAGAUAUCUCUCUGGUGGAAUGAAACGUAAACUUAGCUGUGCAAUCGCUUUGAUUGGUGGAUCUGAGAUUGUGUUUCUUGAUGAGCCUACUUCUGGUAUGGAUCCUUACGCUCGCAGGGCAACAUGGGAUCUACUGUUGAAGUACAAGGCUGGCCGUACCAUUAUUUUAACGACUCAUUUCAUGGACGAAGCCGAUUUUCUUGGUGAACGAAUUGCGAUUAUGGCAGACGGUCAGUUAAGAUGUUGUGGUAGCUCCUUGUUUUUGAAGAGCAGGUAUGGUGUUGGAUACCGGUUGACCUUAGUGAAGGCUGCUGAGUGUAAUGUAACUGAUACGGCUAGUCUGGUAUAUAAUCAUGUUGCUGAUGCUUUUCAAGUGAGCGAUGUGGGUGCAGAACUUGCGUUUGUUUUACCAAGUCAAAGUUCGACAGGAUUUGAGAAGUUGUUUCAGACGCUUGAACAAGAGAAGGAUGAAUUGGGCAUUAGCAGUUUUGGCGUCUCCGUCACAACUCUCGAAGAUGUGUUCAUAAAAGUUGGAGAAGGACUGGAACAAACUGUUGACAACCAGCGUAAAGAGAAUAAGUCAAAAAGCUUUGAAACACUAGUUGAUCCUUCACUAAAACUUGAUCAUUCUGAACUCUUGACUGGUGUUUCACUCAAGAUUCAUCAAUUCAAAGCAAUGUUCAUGAAAAGGUUUCUCCAUUCCAAACGAAACAAGAGUGCGGUUUUGACGCAACUUUUUCUUCCGUUGUUGAUGACAAUCCUGGGUUUGACCAUCGCCAAAGUCGUUGAACCAAUCAAAGACGAACCUUCGCGAAAGCUCAGCCUCGCCAAGUUAAGCGUUGAUAACAAAGAUACGAAAUCGCUGUUUGCAAAUUUCUAUCCAUCGAAAACAAUUUCUUUUCAAGAUGCCAAAUCGUUUCUGGAAAAAUAUCAGAAGAACAAGGCUCGCAACAUCAACGACGAUCUUCGCAGAAUGAGACAAUUGAAUAGUGGAAAUAACAUUUUUGUGAAUAACAUGAAUAAAUCAGCCUCACCAGAUAAUUGUUGCGAAAUGGAAUAUCUGAUCAUAAACGAAGUUUGUAGAGAUCAGUUCAUUGACAAAACAGCAACUUGCGUUCCAAAAGGAUACCAACAAUGUGAAAACGAUUGUUGGAAAUUCAGAAAUUCAAAACAGAGUUUAUGUCCCCGAGAUCUCGAAAAUACAAACACUAAAUCAUGGAAAACGUAUUUCGAGCAGUUUGUGCUGGAGAACAGUGAUCCUAAUAAAUACUUCUUUGAAACAGUUGCUGGCUUUAUGGUUCAUCAACAAAGCAAUGAUAGUGAACCAACGUAUAUUGCCUGGUACAGCAACGAAGGUCUUCACACGAUCGCAGAUACUUUAAACGUGAUGAGUAACUUGAUAAUAAGGAAUAUUAGUGAUAAGUACAACAUCACUGCAUACAACCAUCCACUUCCAUACAAUACAGAGGGUAAGGCCGACAACGUGAACAAUGAUUUCUCGUCUCUUUUACUGGCUAUCUUUAUCAACUUUGGCAUGUCUUUUCUCGUCGCAAGCUUUAUCACGUUUUUAAUUUAUGAGCGAGAGUCAAAGGCGAAACAUAUUCAGUUUAUCAGCGGAGUGGAUGUAUUAAGUUUUUGGUCAGCGACAUAUCUAUGGGACAUGAUCAACUACAUGAUACCAGCUACUGUUAUUAUUUUCAUCAUUGCCGCAUUUGGAAUCAAUGCGUAUUCAGAUGUGGAAACCCUUGGCUCAAUCUACUUCCUAUUGAUUCUUCAAGGAUUGGCAGCCAUUCCGUUCGUCUACUGUCUCUCGUAUAUCUUCAAGACUCCUUUGGUUGGAUAUGCUCUUACUGUUCUAGUUCUUGCUUUUCUAAGUUUGGGUCUCCUGAUUGCAGUUUUUAUUUUGAACGCUUCAAAUGAAGCAGGUGUCGCCGAUACAAUCAGUUCCAUCGCCAAAAUUUUGCCAACAUAUUCGUUUUCAAGUAGUUUUCUUGAAAUUAACUUAAACUAUGGCUUUAAGAAACAAUGUACGGAAUCUACGCAAGCUGCAACUUCGUGCAAAAUGAAAGGAGUUAAGUAUGCAGAUCAUACUUUAAAUUGGGAAUCCCAUGGUGUUGGAAAACAUUGUCUUUAUUUGUUCCUUGAAAGUAUUGUAUACUUCAUACUUUGUUUGCUGCUACAGGUAAAGUUUUUUCUGAGCUCCCGUCGUCAAGAUAAACUUACUAAUGUUAACAGUGAUGGUACACCUGAGGAUUCAGAUGUUGAAGCAGAGAAAAUUCGCAUAAAUAGUUUACCUGAAGAGCGUUUGAAACAAGAGGCUAUUGUGUUGAAAAACCUGACAAAGGUGUAUCCUGGGGCUGUUCGUACGGCUGUGGAUGAUCUCUGUCUUGGUGUGACUAAGGGAAACUGUUUUGGAUUGCUUGGGAUCAACGGUGCUGGUAAAACAACAACUUUUGGAAUGUUAACUGGAGAAUUUCCCAUCUCGGCUGGUACUGCCUAUCUUCAUGGUUAUAAUAUUCAAACAGAACUUCGACAGGUGCAGCAACGUAUCGGUUACUGCCCUCAGUUUGAUGCCCUGAUUGGUAAUCUUACUGGUCGAGAAAUGCUAAAGAUGUACGCUCAUCUACGUGGAAUACCGUAUGAAAGGAUGGAAGACCUUGUUGAACAUACUAUAGAGAGCUUGAAUCUCGAAAAGUGGGCGGAUAAAAUGUGCGGUACUUACAGUGGUGGAAACAAACGAAAAUUAAGCACAGCCAUAGCUCUUGUUGGAAAUCCGCCAAUCGUGUUUCUUGAUGAACCCACAACAGGAAUGGAUCCAGGGGCACGACGCUUUCUAUGGAAUUAUUUGACAACCGUUAUUCGUGAAGGAAGGUCCAUUGUACUCACUUCACACAGUAUGGAAGAAUGUGAAGCCCUUUGUACACAGUUAGCUAUUAUGGUCAAUGGUAAAUUCAAAUGCCUUGGUGGAAUACAACAUCUUAAGAGCAAGUUUGGCCGGGGUUAUACUCUCAUGUUAAAAGUUGCAGCCCCCGAAAUGAAUGAUAUUUCCUACGAAAAUCGACAAUAUUUUGAUCAGAGGCAUGAAGAAGUAUCGGGAGGUUGCAGCAACCCAAUGUUUUUCAAUGAAAACAUGACUUUAUUAGAUGGAUAUGUCGAACGAGCCAAAAUAUUUGUGCAAGAGACAUUUCCCGGAGCCAUUUUAGAAGAAUCAAGACAGGGAAUGUUAACUUAUCAAAUUGUCAGUGAAAGCAUGCAGUGGUCGUAUGUAUUCGGUGCUUUAGAGGGAUCCAAACAACAGUUAGGGAUUAUUGAUUACAGUGUCAGUCAAACUACAUUGGAACAGGUCUUUCUUAACUUUGCAAAACAUCAGUUUAGCGAGGAGAGAACCCUGUUAAACAGGAAAAAACUUUGCUGCUUCUAAAUAUACGUACGUGUCAGUAUCAUGAAAGACGUCAUAAUGAAUUAGUUUGGUUUUUACUUAUACAUAAGUUUUAAAUAAACUCGAUCUUUGCAAAUAUUGUACAAAUUGCUUAAUAGCUUAAUUCAAUCUAUCAAUGUAUAUGUUAGCUAUAUCUUGGUAGACAAAUGUAUUUUAACGUAUUAUUAUAAUUCAUUUCACUUCGA